UUACUUAAUUUUAUGAUGUAUUUGUGGAGCAACCUAUGUGUUGUGUUUUUCUUACUAAUAUUUACAAGCUACUUUGAUUUGGCUUUCUUAGUUUUUGUUUACCAAUGUUUACAGGAGCUAUAUGGGUUAUCUUUUCUCUGCUCUGAUCUUGUCACAAGCCCUCGCGUGCCUAGAUUUCAGGUGCUCGAUGCAUUAGUUAGCCUCUUUUGUCGUUCAAAUAUUUCUGCAGAGACAUUGUGGGAUGGUGGUUGGCUUUUACGCCAGUUACUUCCUUACAGUGAAGCAGAAUUCAAUAGUCAACACCUGGAAUUGCUGCAAGUAAGAACAUACGAGGUUUCAUACAAGAAUUCUGCUACUGCUCUUGUAAAGGAGGUUAGAGGCUUCUGGCCCGAUCUUCUUAUUACUGUUCUUUGCAAUGAAUGGAAAAAAUGCAAAAGAGCGAUGGAGUCAUCUUACCCUCCAAAAGAACCAAAAUGCGUACUUUUUCCUUCUCCAAUAUUAUCUUCAGAAGACGAUAUACCUGACAGCUCAUCAUUUACUGCUGGAGAAAGACUGCAUGAAUUGGCAAAGGUAUUUGUAGUUCUGCACCAACUUCAAAUAUUCACUCUAGGUAAACCUUUGCCUGAGAAACCUCUUAUUUAUCCUCCUGGUGAUCUCCCAGCGAAUUCUCGUGCUCAGACAUCUGGACUUGAUUUGUCAGGCCCUAAACCAGGAACUGAAGUCAACCUUGUUAAUGCUGUGCCUUGUAGAAUUGCUUUCGAAAGGGGCAAAGAGCGCCAUUUUUCCUUUCUAGCAAUCUCUGUAGGAACGUCCGGGUGGCUUGUACUAGCAGAAGAGUUGCCAUUAAAGAAGCCCUUUGGCGUUGUUCGGGUUGCUGCACCUUUGGCUGGGUGCAAUCCCAAGAUUGAUGAUAAACACUCACGAUGGUUACAUCUACGGAUUAGACCAUCUUCUCUACCUGUUCUGGAUCCUGCCAAGUUCAAUACCCACGGCAAAUUAAAGUCAAAAGCUUUUGUGGAUGGAAGAUGGACGUUGGCUUUCAGGGAUGAGGAGUCUUGCAAGUCUGCUUUAUGCAUGAUUGUUGAGGAAAUUAAUUUUCUGUGUGAAGAGGUUCACAGAAGACUAAAACCAUUGCUCAACCUUGAAACCUCAUUGAAUUUAUCAGGUCUUGCAGACGAGGAUUCCUCUUCAAAUACAACACCUCGAAAUUCGGUGUAAGGUGUUUGACUUUAUUUACAAUAACAGGCUGCUUUUUAUAGUCGUGGGUGGGAAAUCAUUUAAGUCGGUCACCCUUUUUGUAUAUCCUCCUAAAAUACAUACCAAAUUUGUAGAUUGAUUUAGUGCCAUUCUUUUUGUAUACUAGCCAUUCCUGAGUUGUAAGUUUAUAUCCUCUUUCAUUCUUUAGGAGCUCUAACCUAGGCCCCAUAUUUUUUUACUGCAUUAUUGCUAAGCUAUGUAACAAAUGUAAAUCUGAGGGAACCCGGUAAAGAAAGUUUUAUUCCUUGUCCAGAUAAGUGUCUAUUUACCCUUUUUCUUUAACGAGUUAUUGCUGAUUGUAUGAAUUAUGGAAUAAUGAUAGGUUUGGCUAGCCAACGAUUCAUUUCAA